AUGACCAUUGAGGACAGCCCAAAUGGGCAGUUUGAUGACGGUGAUACUGGGACCGACAAAAUAUUUCAAAAUUAUCUCAUGCCUACACUGAGGUUAUAUGAUACACGAGUUUCUAUAAACCAUUGGCAACUGAGAGAUUGCGUCAAGCGAUCCUCUACGGAACCAGGAAAAGUGUAUUAUAUUUUUGACCAUUCGAUCCGAUCAUUGGAUACAAGAACUCAAAGAAGCGAAUAUCAGGGCACAGAAGACAAAGCUAUGAGUCCAAGGCAUCGGAAAAGGCGAAGCAGCCUUCCCCAACGACGUUUUAAACCUCAAAACCGGUCACCUUCUCAAAAGGUAGUGGACUUUAGCUUCAAGAGUAGGUGUUUUCAAGAGAAUAAUGGGUUGAUUGUGUCAGGUGGAUUGAUGGGUCCGGAUGAUAAUGGUAGCAUUGGAAGUAUUUCAAGGCAGUCCGUAUCGCUGAAUGACGAACCCGCUAGUGGGCUUCCAACACAGGUGGAACCUAUCAGAUUAGCAAGUUCAAGUAUACUAUCUGACCAUAGCACCUACAGUAACCAGUCCUCUUGGAAAGGCAUUUUAUCACUCUAUAAUGAGGAAAACAAUGUCUCCUUGACAUACAGACUGGGACAGUAUAUCAACAACUGUGUGUCACUCCAUCAGAGAACUUCUCAACAGUACGAUCUCUUUGCAUGCAACAACGAUGCCCAUCUGUAUCAAUGCGAUGUUAGCAACAGAGGUGUGGAACUGACGAGAAGAUAUUCUGAUUUGAAAUUUGCAUUAAAUAACGCCACAAUUUCGCAUGACGGGAAGACUAUGAUUGCCUCAGGAGAUUCCAGUAAGUUUGCCAUUUAUCAUGAAAAUCAACUAACGGGCUGUUUUUCGCUCCAAUAUGAUACACAGCCGGACUGGGGAAGCUCAAUUAUACGCACAAAAAGGAUUCCACGGUAUGCAUUGCCCGAUCGAUCUGGGUUUUUAGAUCACAUUUACGAAGUUCCUGGUGGGGAUCACGGAUUUUCGACAAGCUUUGCUGAAAAUGACCUACAAUUUGCGACAGUUUUUCAAAAUGGCACCUGCUGGGUAUAUGACACUCGGAAAAUGGAAACACCGUUGGCAGAGCUAUAUUCAACCAGAAAACAUGCGCAGAAUGGUGCAUUUCGUGUUUGUAAGUUUAGCGAAGGUUUGGAUGAUCUGCUAUUUAUCUCAGAGCACCAGGGAAGAGUGCACGUAGUGGAUACCAGAAACUUUUUGAAUCACCAAGUCAUAAUGAUUCCUGAUCGAAUCAGGGAACAUACAGAAGAAGAGGGUGUCAACCCUUUCAUUCGAAGGAAUUCUAUGCCGACUCACCUUUCAGACCCUUACGUAACAUUUGCAAAUGAUAUCCCAGUGAGCGAAUUGGAGCCUGAAAUUUUGCCUUAUCCGAAGGUUGUCAAUCGCAUGAACAAUACCUGCCUAAGUGAUGACAGCCCUUCUAAUUCACCAAAUCGUCGUACAUCUCUGGCAAACCGUAGUCAGAGAAGGAGAUCAUUUUUUAGAGUAAGAAGAAUCUCAACCUCACAUUCGACUCCUUCAACUUCACUUGAAUCGAUAGACCCUUCUAUACUGGACGCGAGAUACACGGAACAAAAUUAUAGAGCGGUCGAUAAUUACAAUUACGUUUCUGGUUCCGCAAGGGCUAAUGAAUCAAAUUACAUGCGAGUCAACAGGUCGGCGGAAAAUACGGAAGAAGCUAUAUCUGAUGAUCCCAUGGAGUUUGCUGAUACAUAUAAUGAUGUAAGCGACGACAGCUUUGAACUUUUGGGCAGGCGUUCUCGCCGCCGGUCUCGGCAUAACGAAUCCAAUUUACUAGGCUAUCCGCAUAGUUAUGACUACUCUCGGACUGGUGGUACCACAGUUGUCGUGGGUUCGACGGAGGAAAAUCAUAUAUCAGGAAUUGAUUGGAUGGAAGAUGGGGAGGGAAGCUCUUUAAUUAUUGGCACUGAAUAUGGGAUCAUGAAGUGGAAUAUAAAUUCUUGGGCGCGUAGAAGCUUCCCAAGCUAUGAUUUCUGCUAA